AUGGACAUUUAAAAUGAUUCAUUGAAUAUAUCAAAGUCAAAUUUCCUUUAAUCUAAAGAUAUUUCUUAGUAUCUAUCAAAAGAUUUUUACACUAAAUUUAAGAUGGAAUAAAAUCUAAUUGACUAAUCAACUACUCUCUCUAGAUUAUCUAUUAUUGACAAAACAAGUGAUGAUUUAUCUAAUAAUACUUAAAUUAAAGCUAUAUGUUCAUCAGAAAGGUUAACUGAAGAAAUCUAUAAAAACUAAGUAUAAAUUUAUCAAAAAAAAAUAGAUUUUAGAGAAACAAGUUGCUACUUUAUAAUAUUAAUUAAAAUUAGCUAUUGAUCACACUACUAUAUUAUAAGAUUAAGUGGAGAAUAAAUAAAAAGAAAUCAAUCAAUUAUAACUAAAAUUAUAAGAGUAAAUUAAUAAAAAUGAAAAUGAAAGCAAAAUUAAUUCUCAAAAUCAAUUUAAAAUUGAAAAAUUAUAAAUAUGCUUAAAGUAAUAUAUAUAUUCAAAUUAGGGAACAUAAAUAACCUUAAAAAGAAGUCUAGAACAAUAAAUUUUUUUACUAGUUAAGAGAUCUCUCAAGAAAAUGUUCAAAACAUACUCUAACAAAUUAAAAGACUAAUUAAACAGAAGCUUCCUCAAAAAGAUUCUAAAAUAAUUAAAUAGAAUUCACUGAAGAUUCAUCAAUGAAGGAUACGUCAGUUAGUGACUUUAGAUCAACCUACAAUUUAUUAAAUACAAAAUAAAAUUUUAAUUAAAGUGGAAAAAAGUUUUGGUCUCCUCCUUAAUUACAAUCUCCUUAAGCUUAAAGACAAACCAACUUAAAAUAAAGAUUAGACAUUACUAUAUCAUAAAUCAAAGCAAUGCAAUAACAUUUUAGUUAAUUUCAACCAACUACAUGA